AUGCCGGUUAUGAAGGGAUUACUGGCACCCCAGAACACCUUCCUCGAUACCAUCGCCACCCGGUUUGACGGCACACAUAGUAACUUUAUCCUUGCAAAUGCUCAGGUGGCUAAGGGAUUCCCCAUUGUUUACUGCUCUGAUGGCUUCUGCGAGCUUGCUGGAUUUGCACGGACUGAAGUCAUGCAGAAGAGCUGCAGCUGUAAAUUCUUACUUGGUGCUGAAACAAAUGAGCAGAUGAUUCUUCAAAUUGAGAAAUCAUUGGAGGAAAAGAUAGAAUUUAAAGGAGAAAUCAUGUUCUAUAAGAAGAAUGGGUCUUCAUUCUGGUGCUUACUGGAUAUUGUUCCUAUAAAGAAUGAAAAAGGAGAUGUGGUACUCUUUCUGGCCUCUUUCAAAGACAUAACAGACACAAAAGUGAAGAUUGCCGCAGAAGACAAAAAAGAAGAAAAAUGGAAAGGAAGAGGAAGAGCAGGAUCACAUUUUGAGUCGGCACGCAGGCGGAGUAGAGCUGUCCUUUAUCACAUCUCUGGACAUCUACAAAGAAGAGAGAAGAACAAAUUAAAAAUUAAUAAUAAUGUUUUCGUAGACAAACCAGCAUUUCCAGAAUACAAAGUUUCAGAUGCAAAAAAAUCCAAAUUCAUAUUGCUGCAUUUUAGCACUUUUAAAGCUGGCUGGGACUGGCUUAUUUUACUGGCAACGUUUUAUGUUGCUGUGACUGUACCUUACAAUGUUUCCUUUAUUGGCCAUGAUGAGCUGUCUACAACUCGAAGCACAACUGUCAGUGACAUUGCAGUGGAAAUUCUCUUUAUCAUUGAUAUUAUUUUAAAUUUCCGAACAACGUAUGUCAGCAAGUCUGGCCAAGUGAUAUUUGAAGCAAGAUCUAUUUGUAUCCACUAUGUGACUACGUGGUUUAUCAUUGACUUAAUUGCUGCACUUCCUUUUGAUCUUCUUUAUGCUUUCAACGUCACUGUGGUUUCCCUCGUCCACCUUCUGAAAACCGUGCGGCUCCUGCGCCUGCUGCGCCUCCUGCAGAAGCUGGAUCGCUACUCCCAGCACAGCACAAUCGUCCUCACGCUCCUCAUGUCCAUGUUUGCCUUGCUUGCUCACUGGAUGGCCUGCAUCUGGUAUGUCAUAGGGAAAAGGGAGAUGGAGCAGAACAACCCCCUUACUUGGGACAUCGGUUGGCUUCAUGAGCUAGGAAAACGAAUUGAAUCUCCUUAUUAUGAGAAUAAUACACUUGGAGGCCCAUCAAUCAGAAGUGCCUAUAUAGCUGCCCUGUAUUUCACACUCAGCAGCCUCACCAGUGUUGGCUUUGGAAAUGUUUCAGCCAAUACUGAUGCUGAGAAGAUCUUCUCCAUUUGCACAAUGCUGAUUGGGGCUCUGAUGCAUGCCUUGGUGUUUGGCAAUGUGACUGCCAUAAUUCAGAGGAUGUACUCCAGGUGGUCCCUUUAUCACACCAGAACCAAGGAUUUGAAGGACUUUAUACGGGUCCAUCACCUGCCACAGCAGCUAAAGCAAAGGAUGCUUGAAUAUUUCCAAACCACGUGGUCUGUCAAUAAUGGAAUUGAUUCCAAUGAGCUUUUAAAAGACUUCCCAGAUGAGCUGCGUUCAGACAUCACCAUGCACUUGAACAAGGAGAUUUUGCAGCUUUCCCUUUUUGAGUGUGCCAGUCGUGGUUGCCUCAGGUCUCUGUCUCUGCACAUCAAAACCUCCUUCUGUGCUCCUGGGGAGUACCUGCUGCGGCAGGGAGAUGCCCUGCAAGCGAUCUACUUUGUGUGCUCAGGUUCCAUGGAAGUCCUGAAGGACAGCACUGUGCUGGCAAUCCUUGGUAAAGGAGAUUUAAUUGGAGCAAACCUAUCCAUUAGGGAUCAAGUUAUUAAAACAAACGCAGAUGUUAAAGCUCUAACGUAUUGUGACCUCCAAUGUAUCAUCCUCAAAGGUCUCUUUGAAGUGCUUGACCUGUACCCAGAGUAUGCUCACAAGUUUGUUGAAGACAUCCAGCAUGAUCUCACUUACAAUCUAAGAGAAGGGCAUGAAAGUGAUGUAAUAUCAAAAUUAUCCAACAAGCCUACACUAUCCCAGACAGAGCUCAAGGGAAAUGGAAAUAUAAAGAAGAGACUCCCUUCAAUUGUGGAAGAUGAAGAUGAGGAAGAGGAGGGAGAAGAAGAAAGCAGCACCCUUUCACCUAUUGAUACACGAAGCACAAAUAGCUCUCAGCAGAAGAAGACUGCAAGCAGCAAAAGCCACCUAGGGAGAAACUUGAAGCAGCUGGCCUCAGGAACUGUACCCUUUCAUUCCCCUAUCCGUGCUUGCAGUUCAAACCCCUCACGAGCCAAACAUGAAACAGAGAUCCAUUACUACUCCAGAAGGAAGGAAAAGAACCUUAAAUUGUACCUGUCAGCACUGACUGCCAGCGGCCCACCAGAUCUGAGCCCAAGAAUUGUCGAUGGGAUUGAGGAUGGAAACCAUAACGAAGAAAGCCAGACCUUUGACUUCAGUUCUGACCAGCACAGGCAGGAAUCCAGGUUAUCUCCUACAACUGGAGAGGCUGAAAUUGGUGCUGCUGUGCUCAUUAUCAAAGCAGAAGAGACGAAACAGCAGAUCAGCAGGCUUAAUAAUGAGAUGACAUCUUUAAGUCAAGAAGUCUCACAGUUACGCAAGGAUAUGAAGAAUGUGAUGCACCUUCUGGAAAACCUGCUCACAUCCCAGAAGCCUCCAGGAUUCUGUGCUGUGCACAGCCUAUCUCGAAGUCCCACCCUGGACAGUCUGCAGCCUCGAGUGGCUUGGACUACACAUCAACCUUGCUCACACAUGCAAGCUGGAAACUUCACUUGCACCAAAGCACAACUUUGUCGUGGAAAUACACUAUGUGACAUUUGGAAUACAGACCUGUCUUCUGUAGGCAGCAGUCCCCAAAGGACUGAAUCCAACUUGCAAAAUUCUAUGGAUGGUGAACUUUAUUAUACAACAGGCCUUCAAAAUUCCCCUUCCCAGUAUCAGGUAAUUCAGAAAGACAAUCUGCAAUUUUUAAGAUGCACCUCUCCCCAUUCAGACACUACCCUGACUCCUCUUCAGUCUAUUUCAGCAACCCUUUCUCCUUCAGUAUGCUCUUCAUCAGAGACAUCACUGCACCUAGUGCUGCCCAGCAGAUCAGAGGAAGGGAGCUUUAGCCAAGGAGCAAUCAGUUCACUGAGCCUUGAGAACCUGCCAGGAUCAUGGGACCUGGAAGGAACAGCCAGAGUAACUUCUGCACAGACCCCAGAUUUCCCAAUAGACAUUGUGACAAGCACAAGGGAUGUUAAAGAUAAAGACUGCCAAGCCAUAGAUGUAUGA